GUGAAGUGUUCUCGCCAUCUCAUAGACUAGCAACUCCCCGCCAAGUGCAACCGAUUUCCUUCGACUCUCCCAUUUCGGAGGUGGCAUUGCAUGAUCAUUAAUGAGCUCAAACCCGUCCCUUCGUGAUCUCUACAACCCUCCCUCGUCCGCAUGGGCAUUCGUUCCUCCUCCACCUCCUGUGCAGAACGCAACCGCACCCGCGCCUGUAACUUCUGCAAUGACCAGCUACCAAUGGACUACUCGUCCCGCGCAUAACUCAAUUUUUGAUUUAUCUCCUUCACUAGACCUCAGCGAACCUUCUAGCCUUAAUUACACAAGUACAGCACUUGUGAUGCCACUGGAAGUAGGCAAACUACUUCUUCAGAUUCAGUGGAUUCCUAAGGAUGCUCCGGCUCCAUCCAGUCAGGUACACGAGGAGGAGGAAGAGGAAGAAACGUUUAGUGACUCUACGAACGAGGACGAUUCCUACUUCGCGGACCCCGCUGCUUCACACAUAAAGUACCCCGCACCAAAGCCCGUUGACGAUCAGGGUUAUGUAAUCAGGACGUCUGUGCUGGAAGACGGAACACGCCCCGAAUAUAUCAUUGCUGUGGGUAGUAUGAAUGGCACCUGGGAUAUGGUGAAACGUGUCGCUGCCUUCCGUGGAGAAGGUUGGCUUUCGCUGUGGAAAGGGCUAUUUACAUCCUGCAUUCACGAUGUGCUUUUUAGUAAUGUUCAACCGCUCGUCGACAGUAUUAUGCACUCUGUAUUCUUGUCGUCGGCGGCUGGGCUAUAUCGCCCGCCACUUCUUUUGCCGGUAGCAUCGCAUGUCAUCACUGGCUUUCUACUCUCGCCUCUGGACCUCGUUCGGACACGCUUAAUUGCCCAAUCAACGAUGCAACGCCACCGGACGUACACUGGGCCAUUCGAUGCACUGAGGCAGAUAAUAGUUCAAGAGGGCGGUAUCAGAAGCAUUUAUUUUCAUCCACAACUCCUUAUCCCUACUAUUCUGGACAAUGGUCUCCGUCCUUUAUUGCACAUCCUCAUGCCUACGCUUAUCGCUCCUCGACUGGGUUUCGGUCCACACGUCGCUCCAGAUACCAGUCCUAUUGCAUGGGCUUUUGCUCAAGUGCUAGGAUCCGUCACAAGUCUUCUCAUCACAUUGCCUAUCGAGACCGUGCGCAGAAGGUUACAAGUACAAACCCGGGGCACGGCGAAAGCGUUGCGUACGUGUGUUGAGACACGUCCUGUACCAUAUAAUGGCGUCGUGGAUGCGCUGUGGCACAUUGUGACUGAGGAGAGGUCAGAUCUUCCUAUCAAGCGAAGAUCAAAAGCGAGAAGACGGCAGGUGGAACGCGCGGAGGAAAAUGAUUCUAAUGACCUGUUUGUGGAGGAGCAAGACGAAUCCAGAUGGCUAAGAAACACGGGUAUCGGACAACUAUACCGGGGAAUGAGGAUGCGUCUCGGGGUUAGCAUUAUCGUAUUGCUGUUGACUACUUUCGGAGGUCAACAAGAGGUGGACGGGGGUUGGGCAGAACUCUAGGCAGACUUUACUCUACAUGAUUCUCUCGUUCCCGCGCAGCAGUUAUAACUCUCCUCAACAUGUAGCUCUCUGUAAUUAAAUGAUAAGUUCUAAGGUCAACAAAUUAGGUAUCCACUUUCG